UCAGCCGCUGCCUGGGAACCUUCAGCUUCCGCGGCUUCUCCAAGAGGCGGGCCGGAGAGCCAACAAAAUCCCGGAAGAGAUGGACAAGCCACUGAUCAGCCGCCGCUUGGUGGACAGUGAUGGCAGCCUGGCCGAGGCCUCUAAUGAGACCCCCAAAGUGGGCAUCCUGGGUAGUGGGGACUUUGCCCGCUCUCUGGCCACAUGCCUGGUGAGGUCUGGCUUCAGUGUGGUGGUGGGAAGCCGCAACCCCAAACGCAUAGUUGGGCUGUUCCCAUCAUCAGCACAAGUGACUUUCCAGGCCGAGGCAGUAGGCUCCCCUGAGGUCAUCUUUGUGGCCACGUUCCGGGAGCACUACUCCUCACUGUGUGUUCUCAGUGACCAGCUGGCUGGCAAGAUCUUGGUGGAUGUGAGCAAUCCCACUGAGCAGGAGCACCUUCAACAUCGUGACUCCAAUGCUGAAUACCUGGCCUCCCUCUUCCCCACCUGCACCGUGGUCAAGGCCUUCAAUGUCAUCUCAGCCUGGACCCUGCAGGCUGGCCCGAGGGAUGGGAACAGACAGGUACCCAUCUGUAGUGAUCAGCCAGAAGCCAAGCGUGUUGUCUCAGAGCUGGCACACGCCAUGGGCUUCAUGCCUGUGGACAUGGGGUCCCUGGCCUCAGCCCGGGAGGUGGAGGCCAUGCCUCUGCACCUCCUCCCAAGCUGGAAGGUGCCUACCAUCCUGGCCCUGUGGCUCUUCAUCUUCUUCUACGCCUACAAUUUUAUCCGGGAUGUACUGCAGCCCUACGUGCAGGAGGGCAAGAACAAGUUCUACAAGCUCCCCCUGUCUGUGGUCAACACGACACUGCCAUGCGUUGCCUAUGUGCUGCUGUCACUGGUCUACCUGCCUGGCACGCUGGCAGCCACCCUGCAGCUGUGGCGUGGCACCAAGUACCGCCGCUUCCCUGACUGGCUGGACCACUGGCUGCAGCACCGCAAGCAGAUUGGCCUGCUCAGCUUCUUCUGCGCCUCCUUGCACGCCAUCUACAGCGUCUGCCUGCCAGUGCGCCUCUCCUACCGCUAUGACCUGGUCAACCUUGCCGUCAAGCAGGUUUUGACCAACAAGAGUCACCUCUGGGUUGAGGAAAAUGUUUGGCGGAUGGAGAUAUAUCUCUCCCUGGGAGUCCUGGCCCUUGGCACGCUGUCCCUACUGGCUGUCACCUCGCUGCCAUCCAUUGCCAACUCGCUCAACUGGAGGGAGUUCAGCUUUGUUCAGUCCACUCUAGGUUUUGUGGCCCUGGUGCUGAGCACCCUGCACACGCUCACCUAUGGCUGGACCCGUGCCUUUGAGGAGAGCCGCUACAAGUUCUACCUGCCUCCCACCUUCACACUCACGCUGCUGGUGCCCUGCGUCGUCAUCCUAGCCAAGGUCCUGUUCUUCCUGCCCUGCUUAAGCCGCAGACUCUCCAAGAUCCGGAGGGGUUGGGAGAAGGACAACGCUGUCAAGUUCACACUGCCAAUGGACCACGCCUUGACCCAGAAGACAAGCCAUGUGUGAAGAGCUUGUACCUGGCUUCGGAAACCAGAUGCAGGCAGGACAGUGCCCUGAGCCUGUCAGGGUUGUUUUUUUUUUCCCUUGAUUGUGCAGUAUGGUGUGAUUGUACACAAAUUGGUGGUUUGAGGUCCGAAUUCCUGGGAUGCCAAUGUAUUCAAUAAUAUUCAGAAUGACACACGUGUGUGUGUGAUACAUAGGUUCAUAUAUAUUUCGUGUAUAUAUAUAUAUAUACAUAUAUACAUAUAUAUAUGUAUAUAUAUCAGGAUUUGCAAUUAUACUUACUUAGCUAAAAUGUUGAGUCCCUAAGGUUUCAACUAAUAGAUUUAAAAGCAAGUGCCAGAUGUUAGGAGAAAGCAGCUCACAUUCUUAGGGCAUUUGCAGAGAUAUACACACACAUUUUGCACAGAAAAGACAAUGAGGGGCUUGUCCCUUGGUGGAGUCAGUCCAUUUAUGCCUCCCACUCCCCUUUUGCUACUUUUCCAAGGCUUUUGCAUAGCUGGGGCCCUAACGUAGUGGGCAGACAGGAGCUCUGCCCGGAGCCUGACUCCACCUGGCACCAGGAUGAAGAGUUACUAGUGAGAAAGGGGCGCAGCUGCUUCCCUGACCAACCGCCUGUGGGUGAAGCGAGGUUGGGUGGGGAGGGGAUCCUGGUGUCUGUGCCCUGGCAACCAAUUGAAGGCCCUUCCUUUGCCAGGUAGGGGCAUAGGGAGGGAGGUUGGGGUUGAAGCUGCUCCCCCUAAUCUUCCCUAAGAUGGGAGAAUUUUUCCUUAAAGUCAGAAGUCACCACUGCGGCUGCAAAUUGGUCCUCCUGUGGGAGUGUGAAGUUACCUCCUUCCCGGAGCCACUAAUGAAUCCUGUCUUGACAACAAAUGUAAUUUCUUUGCUUCCUUUAAGUUGGUGAUGACCGUUCUUUCGACCACUGUGCCUUCUCACUUUUAUAUCAUUAGUGUGAAUGUGUCCAGGAAGGCCUAGAGCAGACCCUCCAACAGUCAGUCCAUGGGGAGGGAACACAAAGCAGAGCACUUAGAAUAACAGGGAGCCUUUCUCUGACCCCGCCCAGAGGGCUGAAGGACUGACUGUCUUCGUUAAAUCAGUCCUGUGGAAAAACACUGGGAUCUCUUCAAAUGUCCUCCGAUACCACAGGGCAGAGAGCCUGCCUUCCAAGCACCCAGAAACCACGCUGUUCCAAGUUCCUCUUAAAGGAGGGUUACAUUUCAAAAUACCUAGGAAUAUCUUUUCCACCAAAGCUACCAACUUGAAAUUCUGCUGCCCCAAAGCCUAGGAGGCUGGGCACAGCCAGGGCCACAGGCCAUGUGCCCUUGAAUCAUACUCCAUCCUCACUGAUUCAUACUGAAACUGUUUUUACUUCCCCUGUGAACAAGCAGGUGUUCUCCACUGAGCCCCAGCUCCUGGCAUAACCAAUGUGAUCUGUCAUUUCCAUAAAAGAAGCACCUUGAACACAAAGUGGGUCGGAUCCUGAUAGAAGACAUAAGUGAGAUGCACGCUGAACUCUACUAUGAAUGGGGGACUGUGGGUCACGUUCAUAUUUCUUAGAUCUCCUGGGCCAGAGGGCAUGUUAGGGUGAACAAAGAGUCUAGUCGGCAAAGGCUGAGCAGAUAAUGCUGGAGGGAGAGGAUGCCCCUGCUUCCCCAGGGAGGUAUCAUGAGUUCAUGUCUGUGGAACGCAUCAGGGUCCUUUAGUGAAAUGAGAGGGAAAAAGCCAAGUGCAAGAAUAUCUCAUUAGGCCAGUGACUAAUGGAGGGAAGGCAGUGCCGUGAAGCUGUUGCUUCCUGCAGAUAUUUUCCGUCUGCUGCUCCAACACUGAGCAGCGGGCGUUUGUCUCCUAAAUUGGCCCUGAUGAAGUGGCAGCAGUGGCCGUAGAGAGGCUCUCUGCAAAGAAGGCAGGUGAAGCAGAGGUUUAAGCAUUUGCUUGGCAAAAUGAGGGCCCAGCAGUUUCCUGUUCACAGGUAGCAGGGAGAACAUGGCCCACUGGAACCCACCUAGGCUCCCCAACCCCAGUCAGUAUUGGCCGCCUUCCUUCUCCAAGCCUCCCUGGGCCUUGGGGUUAUUACUUAUACCAAAGAUGCCAAUGGAGUAAAGGCCAGUAUGCACACCCCUUCCCACCCACAUCCUGCUGCAAGUGCUCCUCAGGAGGGAAAGGAUGUCAAAGUGGGUGGCAGGAAGGAACAGAUAGCAAAGGACCUGCCACCUGCCAACUGGAUAACCAACUCAUAAAAGGCAGGGAGGGCUAUGGAAUUGGCCUUGACUUGUGUCUGUGGCUGUGCUUUCCUUCCUCACCAAGCAGUUGGCAACAGCAUCCCCAAGAGAGCCAGUCACUCCCUUAGAGCCUGGGAAAUUCUGUGUGCCUCUGGGUAUAAAAGUGCCUAAACCAACAUGCUCUGGAAAUCCUGAAUGCCAUGUCAGAGGUUCAUGUUUAAAAUGUAUGCCAUUGAGAGAGUCUCAUUUUUACCUUGUAGAGCUUGUCUGAGA